ACAAGCAUCUAGCCGUGUAUAUAAAGGAGCCACAGUGAGUCUUCAGACACAGUAGCUAUCCACAAAGCUGCAUACUAAGCAGCCUUUUUAUUUAAAAUUUAUCAAGAUAGUUUUGCCAUGGCACCAAAAGUAGACAAUUGGUCUGUUAUUUACUUUGCAAAGAAUGGUGAAGAACCCUUUGUGAUGGUGAUUUUUUCUGAAGAAAAAUUCUACCAGAAGAAGCAUGAGCAGAUCAUCACUGCUGAAGAUCAGAAGUGCAGGCAAAGCUUAUGUAGCUUGGAGGAUGAAGAGCCUGAAGAUCUGCUGCCAGAGCUGAGAGACCCCAGCGAAAUACUAAGGGAUCAACACCUUGAAAGACUGGUUGCCCACCUACCUGCUCAAACUCAAGGCUAUCCAUGGCGACUGGUGUACAGUACAGCUGUGCAUGGCAUCAGCCUCAGAACUCUCUACAGCAACAUGGCGAGCGUAGACAGGCCUGUGCUCUUGGUCAUCAAGGACAUGGAAAAUCAGGUGUUUGGUGCUUUCUCCUCCCAUCCAUUCCGAGUGAGUAACAGCUGCUAUGGAACAGGAGAGACCUUCCUCUACACCUUCAGUCCAGAGUUUAAGAUGUUCAGCUGGACUGGGGAAAACUCCUACUUUGUGAAGGGCUUCAGAGAUUCUCUACAGUUAGGGGGAGGCGGGGGUCCCUUUGGACUCUGGCUGGAUGAUGACCUGAAUCAUGGCUCCAGUUUUUCUUGCAGCACAUUUAACAACCAGCCUCUCUCUGGCCACCAUGACUUUGCUGUGCAGGAGCUUGAGGUAUGGACGUUUGAGUGAGAACAGAGAUGGCCAUGGAAUAAUGUGAUCUUAAUCACAUGCAAUUUAAAAUCAUAAAUACCAAGGAGCUGGUGCUGAAUCUUCGGAAGAAGAGCUGGUGCUGAAUCUGGGUAGCAUCAAGGGAACACAGUCACCAGUGAUGGCCAGUAGCCCAAAUGGUUUGAAUACACUGAGGAUUUGUACUAGAAAGGUCAGAGCUGCCUGUUUUUCUUCUCAGGACACUCAGAUCUGAAAGUGUCUGAAGAACUAUGCAGAUGUUCUAUCUGUGGUGGACAGUGCCAUGUUGUUGUGUACUGGAAUGCUGGAAUGUGGACAAUGCUGCUCACUCUCUGUAAUUAAAUGUAUUGCCAUUAAAGCUGCAGUUGGCAAGUCUGACAGAUUGAGGGGAUUUGUAAAGUUUACAACUCUCAUGCCCCUCCCCCACUACCACCGAGCACCCUCUCAUCGAAUUUGUGCUCGUCAGUGCGCAC